AUGACCUCCAAACUCACUGCUGUCAUUUUCACAUCAAAAUUGAAGGGCGUCAACAGAGAUCACUCAGCUGAUCAGAGGAAGGUCUUUGAGCUCAUCCAAAGAUGGAAGAAUGACAACUGGAGGGAUAUCAGGACCACUAGCCAUGGGAUUUGCACAUUUGCACAUUUGCAAAGGUUGCUUGUUGAGCAACAUGGUGGCCUCGACAUGUGGAAUGUGCUUCCCCUGCAUGAACAUGAUACUCAUGAACUCUUGUUGAAGCAGGAUUUAGCUGAGAAAGUCAGGAAUAGGAUUGUGGAUGGGUUACCUGAUUAUGAGUGGAGGGCUGCUGAGUUUCUUGUGCGAGCAGGGUGCUGUAUGCACAAGGAUCUCAAUUCUGUCAAAGGCAGGAAUAUGACAAUGAUGGAUUCCUGGGAACUGAAUGGUUUCAAGUGCCCAAUGCUACUGGCCAAUAAAGAUAAUGCCGCCACAUUACAUCAACCAUCGGAGACGGGCAUCCUAUCCACAUUCCCUGACACCAGCAACACUCGUUAUCAGUCAUAUUGCAAAGCUGCUGCAAAGUUGCUCACUUACCUCAACGAGUACAUCGCAUUUCUGGAGCAGGUCAGGGACAAGAAAGAGAAACGAAAUUUCAGCCAUAUUGAGGAGAAUCUGUACAAUGCCCUUCACAAUGGCCCCACACUCACUGAACUGGCUAACGUCAACAUCCUUGAUCUUGGUCCUUCGCAUAAUGAGGUGAUGAAUCACCUCAAACUUAUUAUUGAGAACCCACACUUGCUGAUUUCUUCGAACGCCUCAUUUGAACUCGGUGCCCUCAAUGAACAGGAAUGGCAAAAUCCUGGUGCCAUUGAAGCUGUUCACAAGUUAGCAGAGGAGGGCAAGCUGCCUCAUCUUUCCGAACAUGACAGUGCUUUCAUGGCAUCAACAAACGAUGCAAUUGAGGGUGCACUAGGCUCGUACUGGCUUCACGCAUGUCAAAAACCACUCACAUCAAUGCAUUCGCACAAUGCACAAGCACAAUUCAAAAGGAACGAGACUCAAGCAUUCAUUGAUGCCACAUUUACAGCUGUAGAUCAUCAGUACACCAUGCAGAAAGCUCAUGAAUGGCAGUCCAUGGGUCUUGAGGAAGUUGCGGUGAAGAGAUGGAGGCAGACAGAAUGCACUGAGAAGCGCACUGAAAAGGGGGCUGCUGAGGACGCUCGGCUGGAUGGGAUAGCCAUGGUGGUGAUGUCCAAGAGUGAAUUUCUCAUGCUCUUGAACACUGUGCUUACUGAUCAGGCCAAUCUCCAUCAACAACUCGAUCCUCUGGUGCCAAAGAGAUAUACUUUGAAAAACAAGCAAGCUCUUGUCAGCGCAAUCAUGGAGUCUAUUGCACGUAGUACAGACUCAAUGUCUCAAACUUUGGAGUAA